CAAGACGGACAUCGUGAGAAGGGAUAGGGCAAGGGGGACAGGGGUUGUGGAGAUCCAGCCGCAAACAAGCGCGUACAGCCCAGAACCUGGCCCUCGCUGCGUGAGCUCAGAGUGGAGGGGGGACUGGAGGAGGGGUGUCGAACAGGAACGAAGACUCGUCGUACUCAGACCAGGUGUGGUACGGACGGACAUUGGGACAGCCUGUCGGACGGAUGGACACGGUGUGACGGAGAGGAAGAGCGACCACCAGAAGAGUCAUGGGAGAUAAACAAUGUGACUUUCCGUUCAGACGUUAGUCUCUGUCACUGGCUGUUUUACACUCACAAGACUUGCUCAAAGUCCAAGUUUGCUACUCGUCCUAAGCAAAGCAAGGCCAGAGUGUUGGACCAGGACAUAAGUGGGAAUGGAGAACAACGACAAAGGGGGGGAUGAAGGAGGAGGAAAAGAUGUAGAGGAGGAGAAAGAAAAGCAGCUUAAGAACCAGCUCAACAGUGAGGAGAAGGGGGAGAAAGAGAUCCAAGUGAGCGAGAAGGAGAGAAAGAGGGAGAGGAGGCGUUCCGGGUCGCUGUGGAGGAGUGGGUGGGCGUUGAGUGAACGUUUGGCCAUCAACGUCUCUGGGAUGCGCUACGAGACCCAGGCCCGAACCCUGGCCCGGUUCCCCGACUCCUUGUUAGGCGACCCUCGCAGACGGCUGCGCUACUUCGACCAUCUACGCAACGAACUGUUCCUGGACCGCAACCGGGCCUGCUUCGACGCCAUUUUGUACUUCUACCAGUCAGGGGGAAGGCUGCGUAGACCAGCCAACGUGCCCCUGGAUGUGUUUCUGGACGAGUUGCGCUUCUACGAACUUGGAGAGGAGAUCAUAACCCGCUUCAAAGAGGAUGAGGGUUUUCCCAAAGUGGAGGAGACGCCCCUGCCAACCAACAAGGUCCAGAGGGAACUAUGGAUGCUGUUCGAGCACCCAGAAUCUUCCUCGGGUGCUCGGAUCAUAGCGAUCAUCAGCGUCAUGGUCAUCGUGGUGUCCAUCCUCAUCUUCUGCCUGGAGACACUUCCUGACUUCAGGCAGGAGAAGGAGUUGCGUGAGGAGUACUUCUACCGGUAUCACUCGUUCAGCAAAAAUGAGUCUGAACACAUGCCCCUUCCCUCCAGCGUCUUCCACGAUCCGUUCUUCCUGGUGGAGACCAUAUGCAUCUGCUGGUUCUCCUUUGAGCUCCUCAUGAGGUUCGCCUGCUCCCCCAGUAAGACCUACUUCUUCAAGGACGUCAUGAACCUCAUCGACUUCGCCGCCAUCCUGCCCUUCUUCGUCACGCUGGGCACGGAGCUGGCCAAGGACAAGGACGCCCAGCCGGGCAUGUCGCUGGCCAUCAUCAGGGUGAUCCGUCUGGUGCGGGUGUUCAGGAUCUUCAAGCUGUCGCGGCACUCCAAGGGGCUCCAGAUCCUGGGCCAGACCCUUAAGGCCAGCAUGCGCGAGCUCGGCCUGCUCAUCUUCUUCCUCUUCAUCGGAGUCAUCCUCUUCUCCAGCGCCAUCUACUUUGCCGAGGCCGACCACGAGAAAACGUCCUUCGUCAGCAUACCGCACGCCUUCUGGUGGGCCGUGGUCACCAUGACGACCGUGGGCUACGGCGACAUGUACCCGGAGACGGUGUGGGGGAAGUUGGUGGGCUCCAUGUGCGCCAUCGCCGGCGUCCUCACCAUCUCCCUGCCCGUGCCGGUGAUCGUGUCAAACUUCAGCUACUUCUACCACCGCGAGACAGAGUGUGAGGACCACUCAGAGUACAACCAUGUCAAGACCUCGCUGUGGGACAACGAGGAAGGGGAGGAGGAGGAGGGGGAGGAGGAGGGGGAGUUAGAGGGGGAUUACUACGCCAUCGAGGGCAUUUGUAACCCUCUGAACGGGACUUUGCUGUGUGCGGGGCAGAGUAGAGAGUCCAAGGGGGGGGUCCUGUGCCUCAGAGAGCCCCUGGUGACUCAGGUGUGACAGAGAGGUGACCCUGUGACCUGGGAUCAUACUUCAGCUGCAGUGCUGAUCCGAGAUCAGGCCCUUGUCUGUCCUUACGAUCUCAUUGAAAAGGCAGCACUGAUUCUAGGUUUGUCCUAAAUUAGAUUCUUGAUGUCUUCAGGUCCUGAUAGAUUUUCUCAGAAAGCAAAUGCAAGUAAAGAGACAGUGUGAAAGACAGGUGCUUCUUGUGAAAGCAAAUAGACUGUCAUAUUGAGAGUGCAGGACAGGUAGAAGGCUGUACUUCCAGAAAAGACUACAGUCUGGUCAUACUGUCAGAGUGCACUUAGUAAUGAUAUCACCAGGGGGAGACAUUGACAAUAUUUGAACAGAGAACAACUUGAAUCCUGUACUGAAAAUGGCCGGGUUUCCCAGAUUUGUUAAGAAGCUCUUAACGCUAAGAGCUUCUUUGGAGCGUUCUGAGAAAACUGUAGAACGUUCAUAGAAUGCUCCUAAGAAGCUCUUAGCAUUAAGAGCCUUUUAACAAAUCUGGGAAACCCGGCCAAUGUCAUCCUAAAAGAGAGUAGAAUAAUAUGCAUUUUUGAAAGAAUUAUACUUACUAAGCUAUUUAAGAUUUGUAAAUUAUAAAUUUUUAUUUUAGCUUGCGUGAUAUGAAGCUACAAUGUCUUAGUAAUUUGUGACUGAAUUUUAUUUCUGUGCCUGAAUAUUUGAAACAAACAUUUUGUUCAGUGCAACAACUUUUUUAUUGUGAAAGAGGACUUGGUUGAAAACGAUGUACAAGUUACAAAUCCUUACAAACACAAUUUUCCACAAGAUGACAUGUUUUUACAGGAUUAUGGGAAACACACAAUCUGUUUAUUGUACAGUCUGAACCUUCUUUAUCAUGCAUGACAUAAUGUGUAUGACACAUGCGUAAUCGUGUGUUUUAGACAUUUCUGAUGACCUGUCAGUGUGUUGGAAACUAGCCAUGUACAAAUGUGUAGAAAUGUGUAUUUUGUAGUCUGAAGUCUGUGAUGCUACUGUUACCUAUCAAAAGUAACUGACGAUCAGUCAGGGAAAACAGCUUUAAUCUGUUGAAUUUGUGUUUGUGUUGUUUUUAAUAAAGAUUCUAUUUUAUUAAUUUU